AUGGAAAAUAGUUCAAGUGAGACAUCUUUCAUUCUGACUGGGUUUGAUAAAAUUGAUAGGUUUAAGUCUUCUUACUUUGCAGUCUGUCUUAUUAUUUACUUAUUGUCAUCCUUUGCCAAUGUGCUACUCAUUUCCAUUAUAGUCCUACAUGAAGCACUUCAAGAACCGAUGUAUAUUUUUGUUUGUAAUUUGUGCAUCAAUGGAAUAUAUGGAAGCACAACGGUAUUUCCUAAGCUCUUAGUAGAUAUUCUGUCUGAAGCUCAAUACAUUUCAUACAUCGGUUGCUUUAUUCAAACUUAUUGUUUGUACAUAUUUGGCUUUAAUGAAUUGUCUUUGCUAGCAUUAAUGGCUUAUGAUCGGUAUGUUUCCAUCUGUAACCCUUUAAGAUAUGCCAGUGUCAUGACAAAGGUCAGAGUGCGUCUUCUUCUCUUAGUUCCUUGGUUGUAUUCCUUCUGCCUUGUCUUGUCAUGCAUUUCACCAACCUUAGGGCAGCCUGUAUGCAGCAAAAUUAUACAAGAUAUCUAUUGCAAUACUUUAACCUUUUUAAAGUUGUCGUGUUCAGCUGGGACUGUAGCCAACAUAUUUGAAACAUGUAUAUCAAUAAGUAAUGGGACACUACUAAUUGCAGUUAUUAUUUAUUCCUAUGUACAAAUCUUUAGAGUUUCAUUUAAAGUUUCUGGGGGUGAUAAGGCUAAAGCUUUAAACACCUGUAUGACACACCUUUUAUUAUUAUUUCUAUAUUUUAUAUCUGGCCUUUUUGCAUUUUUACAGUCUCGAGUAGGAUGGAUAGCCAAUGCAGAUUUUGUGCAGUUCUUCAUGUCAGUAUCAUGCUUAAUAAUUCCUGCCUUUUUCAAUCCACUAAUCUAUGGGAUUCGAACACAAGAGAUAAGAAAAACAAUACAAAAACUAAUUAAGAAAAUGGUAUCUGGCUCAAAUGUUACCUGUAAGAAGGGGUAA